AUGCAGAUCUUCAAUGCCAGGACUACGACCGUAUUGGAUUAUGCGUGCGGCGCUGGAUUGUUCUCCCGUGAGUUGAGUCCGCACGUCAAGUCGAUCCUCGGCGUCGACACUGUCAGCCAGAAGGCAGUCGACCAAUACAACCGACAGGCAUCGACGCACGGGCUGUCCGACAAGCUGAACUCGCUCUGCGUCGUGCUCAGAGGCGACGGCAAGCUGGAUGGCUUCACGCAGCAGUUUGACGUAGUCCUGUGUACGAUGGCGUAUCACCACUUCGGCUCGCCAGAGGACGUCACAAAGAUUCUUGCCUCCGUCGUGAAGCCAGGCGGGUCGCUGCUGAUCAUUGACAUCCUCGCGGAUAGCACCCAGAAUGACUUCGUCAAGGGAGAGAAGUACAAACACGUUGCUCACCGGGGAGGGUUCAACGAAGGUCGAAUGAAGGACAUGUUCAGCGCAGCUGGCCUUGUGGACUUCGAGAUGCAGGAAUUGGUCUCUGGCCUGGCCAUACAGGAGCAUACCGUCACACUUUUCCUCACCCGUGGCGUGAAGCCUCUGUGA